GAAUUAGUUGCGGAGAAAGAAUCAAAGAUUGCAGAGAUGGAUGCAGCAUCAAGUGGUGAGGCAGCAAGACAUAAAGCUGCUACGGAAACUGUAAAAGGAGAGCUUGCUCACCUGAGAAAUGAACAUGAGAAAGAAAAGGAGGUGUGGCAAGCUUCUUCAGAGGCGCUUAAAAUGAAGUUAGAGGUUGCUGAGAGCAAUUGCAUUCGUGCUGAAAUUGAAGCUGCUAAAAUGAGGAGUCAGCUGGAACUGGAAGUUUCUGCAAAAACACGGAUGUUGAGUGCGAGAGAUGCUGAACUACUGACUAUCAAAGAGGAGAGGAAUCGCCUUGAAAAUGAAUUUUCUUCAUACAAGGUUCGUGCUCAUGCACUCCUUCAGAAGAAGGAAGCAGAGGUAGCCGCUGCUGUGGACUCUGACCAAAUUAAAGCUCUUGAGGAAGCAUUGAAGGAGGCUGAAAAGGAAAUCGCGUUGGCAUUUGCUGAAAAGGAUCAGGCUCAGCUAGAUCUUCAAAAUGCUUUGGAAAAUAAUGAUAAAGAACUCCGAGAAAGAGAUUCAGCCCUCAAUGACGCUACGGAAAAUAUUAAGAGCCUGGAAAAGAGGCUUGAAUCUGCUAAUUUGCACCUUCAUUCGGAAAAGGAAGCUUGGGAACAUAGCCUUCAGAACUUGGAAGAAUCAUGGCGAAUCAGAUGUGAAGCUCUGAAAUUUCAGUUUGAAGAAUCCUCUAAGCAAGAUGUCAAAAAGGAAUUUGAAGAGUUGAAACAAGGGUACAGAAAGUUGAAGGAGGAGCAUAACUCAUUCCGUGAUCUUGCCGAUAGAAUGAUCGAGGAAAAGGAUACCGAAAUUUCUAGGCUUUUAGAUGAUAAUAAAAAUUUUCGCCAAUCUUUGGAAUCAAAACCUCCAGCAGAUAAAAUUGAUAAUACUGCAGCUACUCAACAACAAGGUUCAUCAAAUUUGAGCGCCUCCAUUGCCGAACAACAGAUUCUGGUUUUAGCAAGGCAGCAGGCUCAGAGGGAAGAACAACUGACCCAAUCACAGCGGCAUAUCUUAGCUCUUCAAGAAGAGAUUGAGGAGCUGGAACGGGAGAAUCGUCUGCAUAGCCAACAGCAAGCAAUGUUAAAGGCUGAAUUUCGUGAUAUGGAAAGAUCACAGAGAAGGGAGGGUGUAGACAUGACAUAUCUGAAGAAUGUCAUCUUGAAGCUCCUAGAAACCGGUGAAGUAGAAGCUCUGCUGCCUGUGGUUGCCAUGCUCCUCCAGUUUAGUCCGGAAGAGACACAAAAAUGUCAACAAGCCUACCGAUCUUCGGCCGAUGUUCCUCUGAGCCCCGAUUCGUCAGGAUCUGCUCUCUCUCUCUUCUCAAGAUUUGCAUUCUCAUGACAGAUGAGAGGGAGCCUCUUGAAAAUUUCUCAGCACUUUGCAGGUUCAACGUCUGCCACUGUGGCUUGAGCAAAUGUUCUCUUCAACCGCCGGCAGACAUGCAGAGUUGCCGUAACUGUAAGAAUUCAGAACUGUUUCUUGUAAGAAACCAUUCUUUCAUGCCAAAAUGAGAAUCUACAGAGAAUUGCUACCAUAUAGAUUAAGAUAAGAUCUACAUGGAACAUGAAAGAGAGGGAGAGAAAUUUAUAUUUAUCUUCUGAGAGGAGGAGGAGGCAGGAGUGCUGUAAUUUCAUGAAAAUGUUCUCUAUAUAUUAUGCAUGCAGUGGUUUUUUUGUUCAU